AUGGCCGGUUUGAAAGACGUUGUCACUCGUGAAUACACUAUCAACAUGCACAAGAGAUUGCAUGGUGUUUCCUUCAAGAAGAGAGCUCCAAGAGCUGUCAAGGAAAUCAAGAAGUUCGCCAAGUUACACAUGGGUACUGAAGAUGUCCGUUUGGCUCCAGAAUUAAACCAAGCUAUCUGGAAGAGAGGUAUCAAGGGUGUCGAAUACAGACUAAGAUUGAGAAUCUCUAGAAAGAGAAACGAAGAAGAAGAUGCUAAGAACCCAUUAUUCUCUUACGUCGAACCAGUUUUCGUUGCCUCUGCUAAGGGUUUGCAAACUGUUGUUGUUGAAGAAGAAGCUUAA